AUGAAGGGGCCGGUGAGUCCAUCCCUCCCCCCGCCCUGCGCGCCAGCCGGCCCUGCACGGAGGCUGGGCCGCAGCUGGCCCAGCAGGUCAAGGGCCGCAAGCGGCGGCGGGUGGGGCCCAGGGAAGAGCCCGGGGCCGCCCGGUGGACUGCUCCCGUCCAGGGCUGACAGCUCCCCAAGGUGUAACGAGCAAGGGCUGGGCGCCGCCCGGCACUGCCCCGCACCCGCUGAAAGGGCCUCGCCCAACCUGCCUCGAUUCCCACUCUGCGCAAUCAGGGACCGACCUGGCGCGAUCAGCCGUCUCCUGGUCGGCCGGUGCCCGACCCUCAACACCGCGCUGCAUUCCCCAUUCCCAACUUACAGGGCGCGCACUCAAGCCGCCGCCAGGCGCGUGCAGCCCGCCCCCCCUCCCCCGCCGAGGGCCCCUCGGUCAGACGAGCAUCACCCGCCUCAUGCUGAUUAA